UGCAAACACCACUCCCCUGCCAUUGCCGCCUUGGGAGCUUCAAGUUACCAACCUCUAUUCUUCUUUCUCUCUCCAGUCACAACAACACUGCACUUCGGUUCCGUUCUUUUCAAAGAGCUCGCUUCGUUGCUUCCUCCCUCGCGACACGAUCACGCAAUUUGUCUCUUGCUGACCCACCCAAGGCACUCGCGACUCAUCUUGGAGCUCAGUUGGCCCUUGCCGACCAGCACAUUUCCACCCAUCCUUUGUGCUUGGACUGACCAACACAGCUGAGGACCCAACCAAACAUCCAGUUCCAUCUCUUGUAUUGAUCUCUCAAGUUUCCCCUCAAACUUGUCCUUGGCGAAUCUCGACAACAUCAAACAUAUCAAUAAUCAUACUCUCCUCGCCCUAUCGACCUCCUGAUACUUUCUACCUAGUAUCCCCUCCUCCCUUGCCCAAGGGAGCACCGCCGCCAUGACGGGAGGCACCCUCAACUUCAUCACCUUCAACCAGGACUACAGCUGCCUGGCUGUGGGCACCUCCAAGGGCUUCCGCUUCUACCACACUGAUCCCUUUUCCAAGAUCUUCAGCAGCGAUGAGGGCAACGUAUCCAUCAUCGAGAUGCUGUUUUCUACCUCGCUAGUAGCUUUAAUCCUGACGCCUAGGCAACUCGAGAUCCAGAACACCAAGAGAGCGUCCGUUAUUUGCGAACUUACCUUCCCCUCUGCUGUCCUAGCUGUCCGUCUGAACCGCAAACGCCUGGCCGUGGUGCUCGAAUGCCAGAUCUACCUCUACGAUGUGUCCAAUAUGAAUCUGGUUCAGACCAUCGACACCUCGCCGAACCCCAACGCCAUUUGCGCCCUCUCUCCCUCGUCCGACUCCUGCUAUUUGGUCUACCCCCGUCCCAACCCGCGAGAAGACGUCGGUGCCAAGGCCCCCGCACACCUCCCGCCACCAAGCCAAUAUGUCCCGCCCAAGCGCGGCGAUGUGCUUGUUUACGAUGCCCUCAACCUUAAGACGGUUAAUGUCGUCGAGGCUCACAAGUCCCCUCUCUGCGCUAUCGCGCUUAAUCACGACGGUAGCAUGCUCGCCACCGCUUCCGAGACGGGCACCAUCAUCCGCGUCUUCUCGCUUCCCCAGGGCCAAAAGCUCUUCCAGUUCCGCCGGGGCACGGUUCCUACUUCGAUCUACAGCAUGUCCUUCAACCUGAGCUCCACGCUCCUGUGCGUCUCGUCGACUUCGGAUACCGUGCACAUCUUCCGUCUGCUCAACACCCAAAAGAACGCGAAUGCGCUGCCAGGAGGUGGCCCGGCGCAGGGGACCCGGUCGCGAAGCUUUGACGUCAAUGAUCCCUCUCCACACAAAGGGGAAGUACCGUCUGCGGGCAAUGGCAACAAUGGCUCUGGUAGUCACAAGAGAGAGCCAAGUGGUUCCUUCGGUAACAUGCUCAGGCGGUCAUCGCAGAUGAUGGUCCGCGGUGUGGCUGGCGUGGCUAGCUCGUACCUUCCGCAGUCGGUCGCGGAGAUGUGGGAGCCAGAGCGAGAUUUUGCGUUUAUCAAGAUCCCAAAGUCUUCUAACAACAGGGCGGGUGGGCUGAGCGCGACGCCGCUUAGGAGCGUGGUGGCCAUGAGCAGUAGCUCGCCGCAGGUCAUGGUGGUUACAAGUGAUGGUGGCUUCUACGUUUACAAUAUUGAUAUGGAGAAGGGAGGAGAGGGAUAUUUGGUGAAGCAAUUCUCGGUGCUGGACGGCGACGACAAGCUUACGAACUCGGACUAUGGAGCCUAGGAGGACAUUGAAACAGACGCAGCUGUCGGAAACGAUUUCGAAUUUGUCGAAGGCGACCCUAUUGACGCUGAACGCUAGUCACUUAUUGGACAGAGAGUCUCGUUUCGUUUCCCGUGUGGCAUCGACAAUCCAUUUCAACCAAAGGGAUCUUACAUAACUUUGAGGGGCGGCGGACCCCCUGAUAUAUUUGCAUCAGACGAAUAUCUGGUCGCCACGGCUGAGCGACCAAGUCUCACAUCGCCUUCGAGCCCGUCUUUGCAUUCGAUGGUUGACAUACCUUCCGAGUUCUCUGGAUCCUCGGCUUCAUCAACCCGCUCGGAAGCAUCAUCGAACGGAACUGUUAUUCAUACACCAUCUCCUGCAGAGCCAGACCGGCAAUCAUCGCUGCCCCCGAUUCGGAUUGGAGAGAUUCUGAGGACACCCUCCAUGAGAACUAAUCUUCCAGGGAUUCGCAAUGAUACUUUGCCGGAACAUAUAUGGGAACAGUCCUUGGAUGAUUUGCCUUUGUGGCUUCGUCACAUCCUGUUGGACAGAUUUCCCCAAUUUCAUCAAUCAUUACCGGGACUUUGGCCGCCACAGUAUCCUUUGCCCAAUAACCCUAGACCGCGGCAACCUGUCAUUCUUGAUGGAAGCGCAGGUUGGAGGGCACGUCAGCGUGGCAGGACUGCAGCCAACAUAGCUGCAGCUCAACUGCUAGAGGGCAUGGAAAGAUUACGCCAGGAAGAUCUUCGCAUCAGAGAAGACCGUCGUCAUAUCGCAUAUCUCCUUCGUCGCUCGAUGAUGGCCAACCAGCCCAUAAUUUUAAACAACGUUCCUCCUCCGCAGAUGCCGAUCAAUGCGGAUUUCCCAUUGCGGGUAUUAGAGGACACCGAGAGAGAAAACGUCGUCAAUAGACUUCCACCACAUGAUAGGCAGCGUUCUAGACCCGUUAGACAACGGUCUGAUCAGGUUAGAGAGGAAUUGGAAGGGACUGAAGGGCGCUCGUUCGACGAGGUUAAUCCAUCUCGCUGAGGAAGGAACUUGCCUAGAUGGGCUACCUACUCCAAUCUUUCCGAGGGAUGAUUCGAACCUCGUCUGGGUUUGUUUACGGUAACCGUUACUAGACGUCGUUGAGACGACUGUAGGGAACUUUGUCAUGGCUAUCUCUUUUCUUGCUUUUGUUAUCAUUCUUUGCAUAGCGUACGGAUGCUGUUUACUUUUUCUUUCCUUACUCCGUUGGCGUUUGAGGAUUAUGUCUCAUCUCACUCUACGGCUUGUCAAUAUUUUGUUUUUCCGCCGUCGAUAUAAGCGUUAUUAUACUGAGAUGCUUGUGGGGAAAUACUCACCGACUAGACCUAGUAUAUAGGCUCAUUAGCUGUGGACUACACUAGCCUUUACAGUAUCGAUACAUAGGCAACUUAGCGGAAUUUAUGGGGGUGUGGUGUACCGUAUAAUAAUGGCUUGAGAUAAGUAAACCAUACGUACAUAGCUUUUUUUAGUAAGCGG